UUCAUCUUAUUUUAUCUCCUUUUCAAAUAUUUCCAGUGACAAUGUCUUCCAAACAAGGGAGCAGAGUUCAUGUUGCUAUUCGUCUCAGACCUGCAUCAAAGGCCCAUGGAGAUGAAUGUAAAGAGCCAUGUGUUCGCGGUGUCUCUGAUAAAUCUCUUGAGAUUUGGAAUUGGCGUGACUCAGAACAAAGUCUUCAUUUUGAUUUUGAUGCAUACCUGGAUAGCAAGGCAUCACAGAAGACAGUAUAUGAUAGAUGUGUAAAGCCACUACUCUCCCAUGCACUGAAUGGUCAAAAUGCUAGUGUGUUUGCAUAUGGACCAACAGGCACAGGAAAGACAUACACCAUGCUUGGAACCGAAGACGAUCCAGGUGUCAUUCCAAGGUCAUUGAAUCAUAUCUUUAAUGUCAUCAGCCAGGAGAAACCACAAGGAGAAGGAACAUGGACGUAUGCAGUGUCCUUCUCAUAUCUAGAGAUUUACCAAGAGAAGAUCUAUGAUCUCCUCGAACCAAAAGGUCACGACCUCCCAAUACGAGAGGACAGGAACAGGAAUAUCUUUAUCCCAAAGCUAGCUGAGAAAACCAUUAACAACUUCAACGAGUUUGCCAAGUAUUUCAUACCAGCUAGUAGGAACAGAACUACAGCAGCUACUAAACUAAACAGUCGUUCAAGUCGAAGUCAUUCCAUUCUUCUUCUCAAAAUAAUAAAAGAGAGAAGAGAUGGAUCAAAGCAUCACAUUCAGACUGGUAAACUAUACCUUAUUGAUCUUGCUGGGAGUGAGAAUAACAAGAAGACUGGUAACCGGGGAAUUAGAUUGAAAGAGAGUGGUGCCAUUAAUACAUCUCUGUUUGUACUCGGUCAAGUUGUUGAUGCCCUCAACCAGAGACUGCCACGUAUUCCAUACAGAGACAGCAAACUGACAAGAUUGCUUCAGGACUCUCUUGGGGGCAGUUCCCAUGCAUGUAUGAUUACCAACAUAGCACCAGAGGAAAAGAACUACAUGGACACCUACACUACCCUACACUUUGCUGCCAAGUCAAAGCAGAUCAUCAACAAACCAUUCACCAGAGAGACGACACAGACAAUCAUUGCCCCACCUAUCACCACUGGUCAGUCUAGGAAGAGACAACAUGAAGAUGUCCCAUCAUCAUCCAGGAAUACCAAGACUAGAGCUUUGGAUGUCAAUGGCAAACCAGUUGCUGAUACCAAAGACACCAUGCUCAAACCCCUCUUAGAUCGUCAAGCAAACUUUGAGGCCAAUGUUCAUCAAAGACUUCAAUCACUUGAACAGAAUCUUCUAAAACAAAUGAAGAAAACAAAAACACAAGUGAAAACCCCAACAUCUAAGAAGUUACUGAGUGAGGUGAAAAGUAUGAGGAGAGAGCUAAGCAGUAUGAACCAGGAGAAAGAUAUCAAACCUGAUAGACGUAGUACCUUCACACUGAAUGAUCCAAACAGACCAUCACCACCUCAAGCUAUUGUCAAACCAAUAUCAGUUUUAACUGGCCAAACAACCUGUAAUGUACCACCAGCUCACAGUAAAGAUAGAAUCACAAAGCCCAUGGUACAAGACAAAGAGAAUACAACCAAGUCAUCUAAUAAGUCUAAUGCUGUCAAAUUUGUCAAAGCUGUCUCUAAGUCUACAUCAUCCUCAACAGGUGGGACUAAGAUGACAGAGAACCAGUGGCAUCUUAAAUUAGAUCCUGAGUUUCAAGCCAAGCACAGGAAUAAGAUCUUGAAGACUUUGAAUGAAGGGACAGUGAAGCAGCUGAAAUCACUGCAGAGUGUAGGAGAGAAACGAGCACAGCUUAUCUACAGCUGGAGACAAGCCUUUGGAGCCUACACUCAGAUUGAAGAUUUAUACAAAGUGAACGGCUUACCUUCGAAGACGGUUGAUAACAUAAUUGGGAAUAAUCUUCUUUACACCCCAGCCUGACAGUGAUAUAAUGAGAAAUGAAGUUCUUUAGUGAUACUGGUCUUUUGGACAUACUAUCAUUGUGAUCAAGGUCAUACCUAUGGUCUGUGGAUGGCAUGGAUAAUCAUUGUUUCUGGACAACUCAUUCAAACUUCAGAACAUCAAACCUUUAGAAAUGAAAGAGAAAAUAAUGUUGAUUUCUGAUACACCAUAUCUACCUAUGGAUGCUUUUCCAUGCAGACUUGAAAUAUUCAGUUAUUAUUGAUUAUUAGUGAUUAUUCAUCACCAUGCGACUGACAUGUGACAGAGGUGGAACCCACUUAUAGAUUACACCUGUUCUAGUGCUUCUUUUCACCUUAAGAAUUGUGAUAUAUAUCCCCAGUUUUCCAAAUACAGACAAUGGAAAAACAUGGACUUAAUAUCAACCCCCCCCCCAAAAAAAAAAAAAAAAUAGGCAAUCAGUGGAAAAUGUGCCCAUCAAACCUAUUUGUAGUGUAUAGCACCUGUGUGCCAAGCUUUUUCGACUGCUGUGCAUGAAUGGAAUGGACCUUUUUUUUCUUAGACUCCUUUAUUUGCAAUUAUUUAUUAUAUUUUUAUAUUUAAUAUGUCUUAGAACAACACAGAAUUCAAUGUUUGUUGCAUCAAAUUUCAGAAUUUGCAUUUUUUUUCUUGUAUGAUAUAUUGGUACAUGUACAUAUGGAAUGUUUUAUGCUAUGAUAACAUAUCAUGUAUUACAAUAAUUAUUUUUGUAUUAUAAAAUAGAUUCCCCCCUUUUUUUUUCUCUCUCUCUCACAGACACAUUCUCUCUCCCCCCCCCCCCCCUCUCCAUCACUUUAGAUGUAACUUGUGAAGAAAUAUAAUAAUUUUCAAAUGAAGAAAGAUGUGCAGUUCAUUCUAAUCUAUAAAUGUAUUAUUUUAGGCAGAAAAAUAAUUAGAAUGAACUGCUAAUCUUUCUUUAAUUUGAUAAUUAUAUUUUCUUCAUAUAUAUAUAUAUAUAUAUAUGAAGAAAUAUAAUAAUUUUCAAAUUAAAAAAAGAUGUGCAGUUCAUUCUAAUCUAUAAAUGUAUUAUUUUAGGCAGAAAAAUAAUAUGUAUAUAUAUCAGUUUCCGGUGACUAGUCUGACCCUAAUAAAACAGGUGCAACUCAUUAAAUUUUAUGGCAAAAGAACUAAGAUGAAAUACUGUAUAUUUUCGUCUGCCUGUGUUAAAGUAGCUUACUGGAAAACUGAUGUUUUACUUUACACGUUGACUUAUUAAAUCUAAAGUUCUAUCUAGAGAUCACUGAAUGAAAGCAUAAACAAUCAUCUCCCUUUCAUGGCUGUAUAUAUUACUACUUCAUAUAUACUGAAAAUUCCACUUUUAUUCUGUCAUCGGAAAUGAAAUAAUUAAAUUUCACGAUGGGAUAAAAAAUAUUGUUUUUCCUACCUUACCACCCAAUUUAUUUUGAACAAAGUUACUGGAAACCAACAUAUUUAGUUUGGCACAAAUAUCCACAUAUAGUGUAAUUGUUUUACCCCAUUGUCUAUCUACUAUGAUAGUAAUUUUUCAUGUACUAAAUGCAUAACUAAAGGAUGAUUUAGAACUGUGCGUAGUCUGAUUCUCCAUGUUUUAAACUUGAAAUAGUGAAAGCAUUGUAUAUAUAUUCCUAAGUAAUAUUUCAAAUGGGUUUAUAUCGUGUACAGGAGCUCUUGGUCCAGAAUGUUCCAUGCUUCUUUUUUUUUUUUUUUUUUCAGGGCACUUGUAUAAUAUGAAGAGCUUUAUAUAUUUGUAGUAAGCAUUAUAUUAAUAAUACAUGUUAUUAUCAUCAUUAUGGAGGUGUACCUCCAUGAUAUUUUCAUCAUUAUUUGAAUGGAUUCUACUAAAGGUAUUUUAUUUCUUAAUUAAUGUAAGUUUGAAAGGUAAAGCUCGCCCUGACAAAUAGAUUAUUGUAAAAAUAGCAGAAGAAAUAGUUUUUAAAAAAUAUGGGAAGGUUUGAAGAAAAGCCAUCUUAGAUUUAAAAGUUAUUAGAAUUUGAUUUUUUUUAUUUGUGGUGUCAUAUGCUAGCAGUUAGUAACCAUAAAUUGUCUUGUAAAACAUCAAUGAAAUGUAAUUUUCUCAAAAACUUGAAACUGGUUUUUAUUGUAACAUCAGUAUAUCGACAUACAUAUUAUCUCAUCCCAGCCCUCAAAAGAAAAAAAACAUUAGUUAUCAUGAACCUUAAAAACUAUCAAAAUUUAUGCACUAUGUAAAUGUAUUACAGGCAGCUGCUUGUAUACGACUUCACAAAUAGAAAAAGAAACUUCAAAUUCUAAUAAGUUUAUUAUUCUUUGAUGGAUUUUCCACUUACCUACAAUCAAUAUUUUCUAUUAUUUUUCUGAUAUUUUUAGGACAACAAACAUUUCUUCAGGGUGAACUUCCCCUUUAAAGUUUUAUAAUAUUGAAAUCUUGCAUCAUUCUCUUAUUGUAUUAUGGUUGGUAAAUACUUUGUGUAUAGUAAAUUUAUAAUCUCUUUAAA